GUGUGCCUCCUGAACUUUUCCCUCAGGUGUGGCUUCCUGGCCAUAGAAACAAACAGGGGAGACUUUCCCAGCCAACUCUUCUCCCCCCUUUUCUUCUUCCCAGCCCUUUUUGUUCCCUUUCAGCCUCUCUCUUUUGGUAUCCAGGAGAGGGAGGAGGAAGAGUGAGUGAGGAGGGGAAAACAAAUCGAUGAUAGCAUCUUCCUAAGAUGUGCUGCUGAGGAGGAGGAGGAGGAGGAGGAGAAGGGGGAGCGCUCUCUCUCUCUCUCUUGCUCUCCUUUUCUCUUUUUUCCACUCUCACUUCUUUUCCGUGCGGUGUUCUCUCUCUCUCUCUCUCCACGGGGAAUACGUUCCCAUGUCAAAGCCUGGAGCCGCCUUCAAAAGGCCGCCAAAGAGCAGGUGAAGAAGAAGAAGCAGAAAGGGAGGCAAGUUGGUGGUAUUGAGGUGGUGGGCUCCAGACUCGCUGGCCCUUUUUCCUCGCCGACUCGCCCGGGACCACUAGCCACCAUUUCCUCCCCGGGGAGGCCGCGGGUCCAGCCCCUCCAGCGGCUGAGCCUCGGGCGGAAAACUUUGAUCGCGGCGGCCAUCGGGGUGGUGAUGAUCUUGGUGCUGGUCAUCCUCAUCCCCGUGCUGGUCAACUCCGUGGGCAUCGACGGGCACUACGAGAUGCUGGGCACCUGCCGCAUGGUCUGCGACCCCUACCUGGCCAAGGCCAGCGCCACCACCAGCGCCAGCAUCCGCGCCGAGGGGGGCCCCGCCGACGGAGGACUGCCCCCGCCCUCCACGCUGGUCCAAGGGCCCCAAGGCAAGCCCGGGAGGGCGGGCAAGCCGGGACCCCCCGGCCCUCCGGGAGAGCCGGGCCCGCCGGGGAUGGUGGGCCCCCCCGGGGACAAGGGCGAGCCCGGCAAACCCGGCCCCCCCGGACUGCCCGGGCCCGGCCUGGUGGGCACGGGCGCCAUCAGCACCGCCACCUACACCGUGGUGCCCCGCGUGGCCUUCUACGCCGGCCUCAAGAACCCCCACGAGGGCUACGAGAUCCUCAAGUUCGACGACGUGGUCACCAACCUGGGCAACAACUACGACGCCGCCUCCGGGAAGUUCACCUGCAACAUCCCCGGCACCUACUUCUUCACCUACCACGUCCUCAUGCGCGGCGGGGACGGGACCAGCAUGUGGGCAGACCUCUGCAAGAACGGGCAGGUGCGCGCUAGUGCCAUCGCGCAAGAUGCGGACCAGAACUAUGACUACGCCAGCAACAGUGUCAUCCUACACCUGGACGCUGGUGAUGAGGUGUUCAUCAAGCUGGACGGGGGGAAAGCCCAUGGGGGCAAUAACAACAAAUACAGCACCUUUUCAGGCUUCAUCAUCUACUCGGACUGAAGACUGUGCCUAUGUGCACCUUGCUUUCGACACAUGGCAAAGUCCGCUGGGGAAUCCACCUCUAUCGCCAUCUCGCAACAGCCAGUCUCUCCCUACAGGGUGCAGUGGUUGCAUCCCUGUUGCCCUUUUCCUAGGGGGCACUGUGGAGGAACAUGCUAUGCUAUUCAAGUCGAUGCUCAUUUUCCUUUCUUCCAUGCACUUCUAACAGCAUCAAUGGUCACUUUCAAGGGUGUGUUUAUUUUGAGGAAAGAGGCUUUAAAAAAGCAAAGGGUCUUUCCCAAAUGACCUGGGAUAGAAUCUUGUGGGGCAGUCUCUUAAUCUGAAACAGCGAAGAAUGAAUUUAUCAUCUCACCAUCCACAAACACAUUUCCAGCUCUAUAGCGAGGCAAAGAUCUGGAUUUAAAUACUCAAAUCUGCAUUAUAGAACUUCACAUUUGGAUUUGAGUAUGGCAUGUAUGGCAUCCUAUGUUUGUGUCUGCAUGCACAUGGAUGAGGAGUAGAUGAAAUAUUUCAAACAUCAGUGUUGAUAUCCCCCAAAUUUCAAAUUGAUAGAAAAAUAUUUGAGUUAUUUUUCCCCUCUACAUGGAAAAACUUAAGUUCUUUAUCACUGUAUAAAUGAGUCCAGUAAUAUUCCCAGUCCACCCAAAAUCUUUACCUCUCCAGGGGAACAGGGAGUGAUUUCAAUAUGUGCAUACAUAUACAAAUACUCCUUAACUCACCCAUGAAGGACACUGAAUGCCUUAGCACACCCAAUGGACUAAUCCUAUUCAUUGCUGGCCAAUAUUGUUCCGGCCAGAGGCCUUCUGUAUAACUCGGACGCCCAUUCCUUGCCAAAGUAGCCUUCCCAUGCCAACACCCAAACCUAUCCAAUGUAAAUCACAUUUAAUCCAUUCCCCACAGAAAGGAGCUGGGUAGAUUCCAAUGCUCGUCCCAAUCAUUCCAUUGUGUAUAUAUGUAUAAUAUAUGUGUAUAUUCUCCAGAUAAAUCUUAUUUCAUGAAUGCUAUAUCCACAUCAGAAGCAGCAGCAAUGGUACAGGUGACAUCUAUUGUGGUUCCUAACCCACAGUCUCCCGGUUUUUCUUAAUCUAUUGGAUAACCUCCAAUGGAAUAUCCCAAUGGUGACCUUUUGUUGGGCUUCUGGGUGGAGACAUGUGGAGGAUAGGACAAUACUGGCACAAUUUGUUUAUUUUAACCAAUGUCUGGACAAAAGUCCACAAUCAUAAUAAGAGUUGAUAUCUUC